UCCGUAAUGACGUUUGCUUUCACUGUCUGGAUGAGACUCUUGCAUGCAGGUAUGGUGUCAGGCUAAGCUGCCGAGCCAACAGAGGACCGUGCACUACAUCGACUGGACAUCUGGCUGCCUUACACCUCGUGAGGGCUAGAACAAAGAGUUUCUUGACUGCCAGCUGUGGAUGAACCUGGGUGAACUAACCACGUUAGCAUUUAGCUAGCUAGUUUGUGAUCUAGCAAUGAGCUACCUAAGAGCCUGCCUGCUUGGUAAAUGUUCCAAUGUCAUGUCAUGUAUGCGUUUGAAAACAGUUCUUCGCUGAAAACCAGCUCCGUUCACGGCCUGACGCCCUGCGCUCAGAGAGGGGGGGGGGGGGAGACCAGAAAUGACUUUAGUACAACCUUGAAGAGCUAAGGCAGAUUUUGGGCUAGCACCGUUUAAAUAAAAAAUAAAUUGUAGGCUAUGCCGUCAGUGCAGAGUUUAGCCGCACUACUGGCUAGGGUUUUGCUUCCCAUUUUUUGGAAAUGACUAUAAUUAUAUAAUUAAUAAGCAGUUAGAAGGCCGUAGCAACAAUGGAAUCAUUCUUGCAGAUUGCUCCCCAUUCUUUGGCAAUAGUGUUGGCCAGAGAUGGAGGCGCAGAGGCACCAGCUGCAGCUGGUGUGUCAGAGAGCGAGGAGCUUCCGAGACACCACACAGGUUAUGAGAUUUUUGCCGAUUUCAAAGCAGAAAACUCUCAGCAGCAUAUAUGGAACCAGCGGAUUAUCGAAGCUGUGGCGGAGACUUUCUUCUUGGGCUGGAUAGAUGAACACGUACUACUGAUCCAGGGAAAAGAGAACCAUCUGGAGGUACUAAGAGAGGGAUGGAUGCGGAGAUCUCUUAACCCUCCCCGGGGCUUCACCAUCAAAUGCUUGGGUGAUGUCUCUCCCAUCAGUAUGUCCCCUAUCAGCCAGUCACAAUUCAUCCCACUUGGAGAAGUACUACUGUUGGCUGUCUCUGCUAUGAACUCUGUUCACAAGCCUGUCACUCGUGAGGCUCUAACAGAACACCUGCAGACAUGUUUUCCAGGAGUUCCUACACCAACAGAGGAAGUGCUACACCACACACUUAGCUUACUGGUCCGGGAGCGUAAAAUCUACCCAACACCUGAUGGAUAUUUCAUUGUAACUCCUCAAACCUACUUCAUCACUCCAAGUCUUAUCCGAACUAGCUCAAAGUGGUACCAUUUAGAUGAGCGAUCGUCCGAUCGAUACCAGCAUAAGAAACAACAGCCACAUCAGCAAACUCAAUGCAUCUCUCCUCUUUCUGGCACUCUAACACCAUCCAAUUCGGGGGGGUUUCUAGAUUGCACACUCACAAAGUCCAGCCAAAACCACUGUGCAGUGGGUGAUGAUUUUUUUUACAACAGUAGUUAUCGUGCAGAUGAUCAACCCAGCCACCACACUACUCUGCAGAGUCAGUCUCCAAAAGAACACAGAGAAACAUACUCGUCACAACACUCCCCACAAACACCUUCUCAACAACCAGUCAGCAACUCAGAAAAAAACCGUAGCUCUCUGGGAUUCCCGUUCAAGACAGACACCCUCAUUAAGCACCGAGGAGGGCUGGUUGGAGGUGGAGGAACAGGGGACCUAGACAAACAAACGGCAGGCAGUACAGGCGGGAGAAAGUUUGGUUUGAAGUUGUUCCGUCUGAGUUUUAAAAAGGAUAAAGCCAAACAUUUGACUACGUUCUCCGCACAGUUUCCCCCUGAGGAGUGGCCACUUCGUGAUGAAGAGGAGCCCAACCAUUUGCCCCGUCAUGUAGAAAUGGAGAUUAUACGUAGAAUCAACCCCGACCUUACUGUUGAAAAUCUGGCCCGACAUACAGCGGUCAUGAAAAGACUAGAAGAAGAACGCACACAGAGGAGCAAAGCAUCAUCUGCUAAUCAGAGCUCUAAAAGUAGAAGAAGUGGUAGUAGGCACAGAAAGCAAUCUCAAUCCAAACUUAGUCGCUCAAACAGUAAAACUAGGACUUUCCGCUUUGAAGUGACUGAUGGUUCCCAUUUAGAUUUAUCUGACAAAGAUUAUAGAGGUUACUCUUCCUCACUGGCUCGGUCACCGAGAGAACAAGCUCUGGCCAUAGAGCGUCAAAGAGCUCGACAUCACCUUGCAUAUAGCAUUCCAAACAUUCUUGACUCACCUCAUCUACCUGUCACACCAGAGUGGGAUGUAUCUGGGGAGCUUGCCAAGCGCCGCAUGGAAAUGCCCUUCCCUGAGCCAAGCCAUGGUCCAUCAGCUCAUCAUCCCAAAGUUCCCCGCUCACACUCCCACACCCAGGAGAGGAAGUCAAGGAAUGAACGCAGUUGUAAGGUUAAGGAACGUUCUAGAUCUAUGGAUAGUUCUAAAGGACCAGUUGAUGCUGGAUUGAUUGGACCAUCACCUGAUUAUUACGAUGACCGCAGUCGUUAUUUUACUGAUGAUGGCACUUUACGAGCUAAUCAGAACUCAUGUCACUACACUCGUGCCACACCACCUUCGUCUAAUGUUGCAGCACAUUCAUUUGGCUUGGAUGAUGUCAGAAACUUUGAGAAGAGUAAGAGCAGAGACAAAUUGUCAGCAGUCUCACCCAAACCUCUACCUGCCUCCAACCCCCCGGAUGAUUAUUUCCAGUGUACUGGUAACUCUGAAGUUGCUCUUACAACAACAAUCUUACUGAGAAGUCAAGGUAAAAACAGCCACUGUGGAUUAAAAGCAAGUAUGGCUGACAGACAAACAGAGAGACAGAUGUCCAGCCCCUCAAAUGAGGACUUGUCAAAAGUUGGAUCCAAAGGUGGAAGCCUACCUCCAUCUGUCCCUGACUCUGCAAUUUCAAAUGGGCAACCUCCCCACAUUGACUCCACUGGGCAGGAGAAACACAAGGACAUUUUUAGUAAAGAUACACUCUUCAAACCUCCUCCCAGCCUCUCAUUGCCUGGCUAUAACUCUUUGAGAAAAUCAGCAGUUCUUGCCUCAAUUACUCUGUCUUCAUCCUGUGAUGCUCUUGAUUCCCACAAAGGAUAUGAUCCUCCAAAACCACUUGUAGCAACAUUGUCUGUUCCCACACAGGAGAUGGAGCCCAUAUCUAGUGCUGCAGAGAGCUCUUUUGACUACUACAAUGUCUCAGAUGAUGAUGAACUUGAAGAUGGAGGGACUAAAGAUCAUAAAGGAGGGAAAAAAACUAAAGGAAGUGCUUCUGAGAUAGAAGGGUGUGGAAUAGGGACCAUGGAGUGGCUGUUGGAGAGAGAAAAGGCAAGGAAUUUACAAAUGAGGUUUGAAAGAACUCUUACUUUCGCUGGUGCUCCGGAAAACCAUUCAGAACCCCGUCAGAGCCAGCAUUCAGUCCACUCUGCUAGACUUGACAGUAUGGACUCUAGUUCCAUCACAGUUGACAGUGGAUUCAAUUCACCACGGACAAGGGAGAGCUUAGCAUCAAACACCUCUUCAAUAGUGGAAAAUAACCGACGUCAAAAUUUUGCCCUGAGUCCCGGACACCUCAGCACUAUACCUGGCAGUGGUCCUUCUUUUUCCUUUCGUGCUAUUUCAGAAUCUGCCACUAAUCAACAGGAGAAACUACAGAAGGCUACUACCUGCCUUGCUUCAAUCACCAGUGUCUAGGAACAGAACUAAGGGCUGAGCACAAAGUCAUUCAAAGGGACAAAAAAGCUAAGUCCCACUGCACAGGACUGUUGCACCAACAGACUGAAUUAGUGUAGCUGUUAUUGGUCACCCAUGGAAAAAGAAUUUAGAAUAGUCCUCUCUCUUUCUUACCAAUAUAAAAACAUGCAGGCAUCACCAUGCACACAUUAACCCUAACUCAAUUGUUAGAUCCGGCCUCUUGCUUGUAUUUAACAAACUACUGCUCUAGCAUUUUUUUAAUCAUAUAUAUAUAUAUAUAUAUAUAUAUAUAUAUAUAUAUAUAUAUAUAUAUAUAUAUAUAUAUAUAUAUUGGUUGAAGUGUGCCUGUGUGAAUAGUAUGAAUAUUAUCUGUAAUCUCAGGUUUUGUUAUUUCCAGUUUCAUUCUUGUUUCGCCAGAUCAGUGUAUCUCUUUGUAAUGGUGCUACACAAACGACAACUGCAGUUCUACUCACUACUGUUACUGAUGCACCCUACUCAUUAGUUUGCUUUUCCACUGUGGUGUCACAGUUGCCACUUGCAGACACCCUUUAAGGCAAGACAAAGCAGGAAAAAAAGAUUUUUCACAAAUUGGUAUAUUUUGUGGUAUUUUGUUAACAUGCACAAGUCUUAUUUCAACAUUUUGUAUUCAACUAACAGCUGGGAUUUAUCUUACACUUUGCUUCAGAUAAAUGUUGUGACAAGGUCUCCAAACAAAAUAACCAAUGAUUUUUAAUGUGGUCUGGUCACAAAUUUAAGUUUAAAAAGUAAUGGGACAUAAUGUAUACAUCUAUCCAUUGCAUGACAUAUUUGUGAUGAUUUUGCUUUCAAAAGUCUUAACUUUUUGGUCAGAGAAUGUUUGGAUAAAGAGACAUUGUUUACAACGUCCAAUUUGAUGUGUCUUAAACAAAAACAAAAUUUUAAAGGAGCAAUGAGCAAUAAUUAAAUUUUUACAAAAAAUAUGAUGUGAAAAACUGUUUAUUUAUCCUUUGCAAAUAUGCGCAUAUGAGGCGACGGGUCAAAGGGGGUCCAUUUGUAUUUGUCAAAAGGUAAUACAGAUGAGCCUAGGAAACAAACACUGCCUAAUCACAUACUGGAUCCCGCCCAUUUCUGUCCAAAUGGCUUGUCACACACAUUGUUUUGGUCUACAGAUGGUGCUCAGUAGCCCAUCUGGUAGUGAAAUUUUGCUUAUUGCGCCUUUAAAUUUGAUGCUUGAAUCCAAUGUGCUAGAAAAUGUGUAGAAUAGGUGCAUCAUUAUCAUACACAAAUGAUCAGUAAUCAGUAAAGGACAUGUAUUUUUUGUCAGCAUUUUCCUAUGUAUUUAAGAGUUGUACAACGUUCAUAACAGCUCUAAAAUGUUUAGAAAAGUGAUGGAGCCGGAUGAUUAAAAUCAAACUAAUGUUUUCUUUCUAUUUUAAUGCUGCUCAUAAUUAAGACAGAUACUAGAGGAUUUAAGGUACAGUGAUGACUGCCUGCAUGGUGUGUUCAUCCUGUUUUGCUGCUACAAGCAAUACUGGAUCUUGUGUGCUGUAAGUAGUUCUAUAAUGUUAAAUAUAGUUAAACAUUCAAUUAUGGUUAUCAAAAUAAUCCCAUGACACAAAGUUUUACCUUAGGGCUUGUUGUAAUGAUAAAUAGACCAACCUAGUUGACAAAUAUUAAUAACAUUUUCCCAAUAUUCAAUUCACUUUCAAUUAACUUCAGUUUAUUUAUAUAGUGCUGAUUCAAGUAAAAACAAACAUCCAUUUUGUAUACUGAAAUAUACAUACAAAUCUACUUUAUCUACUAAACAAUACAUCAAAUUCAGUUUAUUAUUCAAAUUGGUAAAAAAAAAAAAAAAGUACCAGUACAAAUUGGUAUAUUGGUGAUCACAGUGGAAAGUCGAUUGCAUUGAGUCAUAACUUAGCAGCAAUCCUCCAUACUGAGUGUACUUAAAAUAACAGUGGAGAGGAGAACUCUUUCAACAGAAUAAAAAUUUCAGCAAGA